AUUUCCAUUUCAUCCCACGCGGUCUUUAGUUGCGUCCUACUACAACACCCAACCACUCUAAAACCCGAGGAGGGAAAAGGUUCAGAAUUGAAAAAAAAGACCGUUCUACCACAGCCGCUUUGCUCAUUUAUCGCUAUCAUUAUCCCGAGCCUAUCAACAAAGCCGUGGAGGGGCAUGUGUCCCGCAACGUAAUCUUGGGAGUAUGACGUCUGAAGCGACUGGUUUCGCCCAUGCGAACAACAACAUGGAAUUCGACUCUUUGACCACUCAGCAACCUGUCCCUGCACCAGCUGGUCAAAACACAGGACCUGCUGACCAGGAGAACAAAUCCAAAGCACAACCAAGCCAAGUCCGUUUUUCUUCAACAACCGAGGAAAUUGAGCCAUCGGCCGCCACUGUUACCCCAGGACCUGGGUCAGUCGAUAAUCUAAAACAGGAAGAUGAGUUGCGGUCGUUAGCGGCUAGCCUUCAAAGAUCCCAAUUACAAGAGACCCGGCUGGGAAGUUUCUCAUAUGACCCCGUGUCUUUACCAUCUUCGAGGGUUACAUCCCGGGAAUCGAGCGAUCGCAGCGCACGAGGAGCUAAUGGAUCUGGUUUGCCGUCUCCCCAUGCCUCCCCACCGGUGUCCAUGAUGCAGUCACCACCACUCACACCAGCGGCCACCCAUUCGCGUGAAUUCAAAACUAAUGGAAUGUCCUCGACGUCAAACAAUACAGAUCGAGGAACCGCCGAAAAUUCAGCAGCAAUGACACCGGAGACGUCUCCACCUACAAGCGGAUCUACGAAGAGUAAAGCGCCCCAAAGCGCCCCAACUUCAAGACCUGGUUCGACCGAUCAUUUGUCUAAGCAGAACAAUGUUUCGCAAACAUCGUCUCAUCCUCAGAAUGGCGCAAAACAUCGUGCACAGUUCUUCAUUGGACCCGACGCCAGCUCCCAAGAAGAAAGUCCGCCAGCUACCCCUAGGGUUGAUUACACCCCACCCGGUGCUAUCACUCCGGUAGGAGAACCGGACGAUCCCUAUGCUCGCAGCAAGCGCCCCCCUCAACCCAAGAAUCUCUCCCAGCUCGAUCAGCGGUUCAUCUUCGGAGGGCGUGAUUUCAAGCGUCGUACGCACACGUCCUCUUUCGGUCGUCCAACCCCCCGGUCAGCUAGCGCGAGUGACCUGAAAGCAAGCGACAGGCAACGCAGUGGGUUUUUCAGCAGCAAAAAGGACUCUCGACAACAGGAACCCGAGGGUAAGCAUCACGGUCACAUGUCGGAACUCAAGCGAUUUUUCAAAAUGGGUCAUCACAAGCAGAAACGUGCGGAGUCGCCCACGUCGGCCCCGAAACGAUCGAGCAGGUCUUCUGGGAAGAACACGCCAUAUCAAAUGGCACCCGAUAAUGUCCCGUUUGCCGAUGACCAUGGUCUUAAUUCCAAGUACGGGAAGUUAGGAAAAGUCUUGGGAUCCGGAGCCGGGGGUUCUGUUCGGUUACUGAAACGCAACAGUGACGGCGUGACCUUUGCUGUGAAGCAGUUUAGAGAUCGUCAUUCUUGGGAGACAUUGAAGGAAUACUCAAAGAAAGUAACCGCAGAGUUUUGCAUUGGAUCAACUUUACAUCAUGGCAACAUUAUCGAGACACUUGAUAUCAUCCAAGAAGGGAAUCAUUGGUACGAAGUCAUGGAAUAUGCUCCCUUCGACCUAUUCGCGAUCGUCAUGACCGGCAAAAUGCAGAAGGAGGAGGUUGCGUGCUCUUUCAAGCAGAUCCUUAGCGGAGUGGCAUACUUACACGGGAUGGGCUUGGCACAUCGGGAUUUGAAAUUGGAUAAUGUGGUUGUCAACGAGCACGGUAUCAUGAAGCUGAUUGACUUCGGAAGUGCUGUUGUUUUCCGGUAUCCUUUUGAGAAUGAUAUUGUUCCCGCUUCUGGAAUUGUGGGUUCCGAUCCGUAUCUUGCCCCAGAGGUCUACGAUGAGAAGAAAUAUGACCCGCGCCCAACCGAUAUCUGGUCUCUUGCAAUUAUAUUCUGCUGCAUGAGCUUGCGGCGAUUCCCUUGGAAACAACCCCGAGUCAGCGAUAACUCCUAUAGACUCUUUGUCUCCACACCCACCCCAGGGACUCCGGUUCCAGACGCCGACCCGAAACGUCACCGACCGAUCAAGUCCGCUCCUGACCUCUCUUCUUCCGCCCGUGAAAGCCAGUCUUCGGAAUCCAAGAAUGGUGUGUCCGAGCCGCCAUCAGAGCCUUCCAAGAACCAGGAUGCAUCCAAACCCCAACUGAAAUCGGAACCGCCCACCCGCGAGGAAAACCGACCUCCGGAGAGCCCCCAGGAGAAGACACCCAGUGACAAUCAGAAGAAUGGCAAUCUUGACAAUAAGCCGAGACGUACAACCAGCAAAGAGGCACCCCCGCUUCCUCCCUCAGCUCAGUCAUCAGGACAACGUCAGGAAGUCAUCAAGGGCCCAUGGAGGCUUUUGCGGCUUUUGCCUCGUGAAAGCCGUUAUAUCGUCGGCCGGAUGCUUAAAGUGAGCGUGAAAGAGCGAGCGACCCUUGAUGAUGUUUUGACCGAUGAAUGGGUUCGAAACAUCGAUGCAUGUCGACAAGAGGUAUCUGGGGAGUUGUACAGGGCUCCAGGCCAUACACACAUUCUGGAGCCCCCGUCCCCCAGCACCGCAGUGGCCAGCAAGGCCAAAUAAGCUUGUGAACCUUAAUACUAACUAUUACUUCAUGUUUGAUCUUCCGAUAAGAGGCCUUUACUUUCCUCUGAGUACUCGAACUGUGCUACUGUUACUGAAUUUU